AUUAGAUGCCUCAGCUGCAGCCCGUCAGCAAUGUUGUGCGAUUGGUCUCAUUUUAUUAAUAAUUUGGGUUACAAGUGUGGCUUACUCCUUCUUGUCUUGAACCCCGUGUCACCAGCUUUCUAAAAGUCUAGGUUUCAUUUUCUGGGAAACUGCUGUGGUGGAGAGAGAGAAAAAGAGGGAGGAGUAAAUAGCACACACAAGUACAGAUCUACUGUGAUCUGGAAGGUUAAGAAAAGCACCGACAGAUUUUGUGGAUCAAAGUCAGUUUUGACCUGUUUUUGCUGGUAUUUUUUCUCUACAGCAAGAUGGGUUUACGAUUAACUGAAGACUCCAGCUCUCCAGUUGACAGCCACCUGAGGAUUGUCCUGCUGGGGAAGACUGGAUCGGGAAAGAGUGCAACAGGGAACACCAUCCUGGGACGAAGAAAGUUUGAGACAGAGGACAUCUCUCUGUCAUCUGUGACCAUUCGCUGCCAAAAAGAAACAGGACAUUUGGAUCAAAGAACUUUCAGUAUCAUCGACACCCCCGGGGUCUUUGACACUUCGAUGACAGAGCUCCAGUUGAAAAGUGAAAUAGAGAACUGUAUCAGGCUCUCUCUCCCAGGACCCCAUAUGUUCCUGCUAGUGAUCAGACUGGAUGCACGGUUCACGGAAGAGGAGAGGAAUGCCGUCAAAUGGAUCAAGGACAACUUUGGUGAGGAAGCCUGCAAGUAUACAAUGGUGGUUUUCACUAGGGGUGAUAUGCUCAAUGGAGAACCGGUUGAGAACUAUUUAGUCAAAAGCCCUGGACUCAAGGAGGUCAUCAGGGACUGCAGAGCUGGGUACAUCGUGUUUGACAACACAUGCAUGGCGAAUCGCACACAGGUGGCUGAUCUCUUUGAAAACAUAGACAAGAUAGUGCAAUUAAAUGGAAGCCAUUACACCAGCAGCAUAUACGAAGAGGCACAGAGAAAGAUGAUUGAGGAUGAAAAGUGGAGCAAGCGGGGAAACUCCAUGAACACUGUAGGUAAUGUUCUGAUGGCAGGAGCAGUAGUCACAGCUGCAGUUAACCCCUCAGUGGCUGGUUUUGCCAUAGUGGCAGAAGAAGUAGCAGUGGUGACAAGAGUAGGAUCAUUUUUAAUGGCCACAGGUGCAGGUAUUUCUAAAGCUCUUGGAAGGUGGAUGAAACCUAAAACAAAGGAGAGCUAAGUCAUGCCUUAAGCAAACUUUUGACAUUUUGUCAUUUCAUUGAAUGGCCUUUUCAUACUCACAUUUGAGAGAUCUUUAUCAGAUUUUAAAACAUUUUAUUGUAUUUCUUAAUUUCAUUCAUGUACAUUCAUACAUAUUAGUCACAGCUUUCCUGCUUUGAAUGAUAAACAAACCUAUCAGGACAAAUCUUUAAAUCUGUGGCUCAACAGGUAGAGCGUGUUGUCCGUUAACCAGAAGGUCGGCUGUUCAAUCCCCGACUCCUCCAAUCUGCAUGUUGAAGUGUCCUUGGGGAAGAUACUGAACCCCCUAAUCCCCCGAGAUGUAUCAUAUAUCAUCAGUGUGUGUGUGUAUGUAUAGAAAGUGCCUUAUGUAUAGAAAAGGGCUUUGUGAAUGUAGUGUAAGGCUCCUUGAGGGGUCAAUAAGACUAGAAAAGUGCUUUAUAAGUGUAGUCCAUUUAUCUGGAAUAUCACUAAGUGUUGAAAACACUAUUGUAAUUUUUCUGUUUGAUUUUCAGAAUAAAAUGAA